UGGAUCAGGUGACACUUGUCACGGGAUCCUAUUAGCUAAUCGGUCACAUAAUAUAGGAUAUGUUACGCCGUCGUAACAAUUUGCUCUUGGAAUCUUGUAUGCUGAAACCUAUCGUACUGAAUCACAAGACUAACGUUCAUACUGUUGUGCCACAGUCACCACUUCUAUCGCUCGAUUCAUUCAUAUACUUUCCGAACUUCACGGAAUGUCGAUCUAGGUACGUAUAGUGGUAAACAGCAUUUCUUUUGGGAGCAAAGAAAAAAUAUCUGAAAGUGACACUCAAAAAUACGGGAGUAUCUUAAGCUCAGUCGAAAAAACAGUUCCAUCGAGUUAAACUUCAUCACCGCGUGUGGACACGGCUAAUGACGAUCCAGAAAUUUGGCCCAAGCGUGUACCCAUAGUUCUCAGAGAAUCUGCGUAGAUUUAAGUAUCGAAGGAUCUUUUCCGAUAACUAACCAAGCCCUCUGUCAGAAGAUAUCACGGUUAUCCGUAAUCCGCGUUAUUAAGAUGUAGAGGUAUUGCUUUGUACUAGGUUUUAUACUAUUACGCUUUGAUUUGUCUGAUCUUACUUCAAAUAAAGUAUCUGAAUAUGCCAAAUAAGGUUCUUCAGUUAUGUGUUCAUUUGUAUAGUUUGUACCAGCCCUAUUUUUGGCUUGUGGAGCGACGCAUAAAGUUGAGACGACGUUGGUGUUAACAUGUAUUCACUACCCUGGAACUUGCAUGGAAGGGAACUCCCUAGGUACAGGAUUGGGCUUAGCUUAUGGCGUAGAUAGUACGUACCACAACAUAAAGGUACCAACUCCCUCCAAAUUCUUUCAAUUAUCCAGCUCAUCACCUUUAACAUAGCGGAAAUCGAUAUGGCUUCAGCACUCAAACAAAUGUUUCCGCCUCUCCCACUUUCACAGAUAAAACUUUGCCCAGUCAAAACGGAAAGGUUUUCAUCAUUACUGGUGGGAGUUCUGGUCUUGGUCGCGAGCUCGCCGAAAUCUCUUCCGUGCAGGCGGCAAAGUCUAAAUAGCUGCACGGUCGGAAGUCAAUGCCAAAAAGGCAAUCGAUGAUAUCAAGUCAUCAUCUCCCUCGUCAAAUGUGGGUGAGCUCGAAUUUUUGCACCUCGAACUCGAUGAUUUGAGUACAAUCAAAGCGUCAGCCGAGACUUUCAUGAAAAGGGAAUCUAAGCUCGAUGUUUUAUGGAAUAAUGCUGGAGUAUCACGGCCUCCACUUGGUAGCGUUUCGCGGCAGGGCUUUGAGUUCAUGAUGGCUACUAACUGUCUGGGUCCGUUGCUCUUCACGCAGCUUCUUCUUCUAUGCUUGAAGACCACUGCAAAAGCUUCCAGUCCAGGAAGUGUUCGUGUUGUUUGGACUAGCUCCCAAUAUGUGGAUCUACAAUCUCCUAAGGGCGGAAUUAUUAUGUCAGAGGUGAAAACGGCAACAAAGGACAAGGCGAAAAGCUAUGGUGCAUCAAAAAUAGGGAAUUGGUUUUGGGGCAGUGAAAUGGCACGGAAGGUUGGUCAGCAUGGCAUUGUCAGCAUAAUACAAAAUCCAGGAAACCUUAAGACAAACUUGAUGAGACAUGCAAAGUGGAUGUACUCUACCGUAUAUCCAAUUUUGCAUAUGGCAAAGAUGGGUGCAUUUACAGAGCUCUUUGCUGGGUUGUCGCCUGAGAUUUCGAUGGAACAUAAUAGAGGGUAUGUGAUUCCUUGGGGCCGGAUUCAUGAUGCUCCUCGCAAGGAUUUACUCGUAUCUUUGAAAAGCGUCGAAGAAGGUGGUAAUGGGAGGGCUGAGGAAUUUUGGAAUUGGUGCGAAAAACAGAUUGCGAAAUACAAGUGAAGGCUUAUUUAUCUGCAUGCAUGCAGACCCGGACUUUGGCGUGUUUUUUUAGAGUAGGUUUCUUAGUGGCUUUUAGUGUUUAAUUUAGUCAUCUAAGUUAAUAUCUACGUUUUCGAGGUGGCCAU